AUGGCUGACGCAAGAAAUAAAAGAAAGGCUACUAAAGCUGCUCUUACACGGUUUGAAAACUAUUUUCAAGCUAUUAAGUCAAACAUAAAUCUUUCUCAAACUGAUUUGGUGGAACUCAAAAUGCGUGCGCAAAAGGCUGAUCAAUUGUUGGAAGAUUUUAACGCUGCUCAGUUAAAGAUUGCCGCUACGGAGACUGAUAUUGAUUUUGAUGAACAUGACAGUGAGUCUGAACAAUUUGAAAAUAAAUUCUACCGCAUAACAUCUGAAGCGAGCAAAUUUUUAAUUGACCAGAUGCAGCCGCAGGUUUUAACUCCAAACGUGGAAACUAAUUUAGCAUCUAAUUCUAAUGAUGAUUUAGCCAACAUUAGACUGCCUCCAAUAAACCUUCCAACGUUUGACGGUUCAUAUGACCAAUGGUUGUUUUUUAGAGACACUUUCAAUUCUUUAAUACAUAGCAAUUUCAAACUGACACCAGCCAAAAAAUUUCAUUACUUGCGCCUCUCUCUAAAGGGUGUGGCCGCUGAAACUAUCUCAUCACUUGAAAUCUCUGACGCCAAUUAUGAUGUAGCCUGGAACAUCUUAAAUGAGAGAUUCGAAAACAAACAGAUUUUAGUCAGCAACCAUGUAACGGCUAUUUUUAAUUUGCCAUCUUUAUCACGUGAAUCUGGACGUGGCCUUAGAGUCAUACUUGACGGCUUACAGAAGCACAUGGGCGCCUUGACGGUUUUAAAGAUGCCCACAGAACAUUGGGAUGCCUUAAUCUGUCAUAUUGUGACAGGUAAAUUUGACAAUGUGACUAGAAGAGCUUGGGAUUCCAAAACCUUUAUUGAAGAACUCCCUACUUACAAGGAACUUAUAGACUUUUUAAAAGACAGAUGCCGAAUUUUAGAGUCUUUCGAAAACAGCUCUUUAAGAAACGCUUCAAACAAAAUCGAAAGGCCUCGCCAAUCACACCCCAACUUUCAUAAAAAUACUUCUCAAUCCUUUGUCGCUACUAACAGUAAUAAAAAAUGCACGUUUUGUCAAAAAGAACAUCUCAUCUACACAUGUCCUCAGUUUUUACAAAUUUCUGCUAUUGAAAAAUUAAAUAAUGCUAAACAAAUGAAGUUAUGUAUUAACUGCCUUUCUAUAGGCCACGCAACUAAAAACUGUAGGUCGUCUGGAUGUAGAAAAUGUGGAAAAUUCCAUCAUACCCUUCUACAUUUCAACAAAACCGAUUCUGGGACUGUACAAACCAAUAAUAACAACACAUCUACCUCUUCUUAUUCCAACAGCACUGAGACUGACUUGAAAGACGUAGCCACAACCUCUUUGUCUACACAUGUGAUGCACACUCCUCUUAUAUACUCACCUUGUAGUUUAGUGGUAAAUGAAAAACUUAAUUUAAACACUGUAUUAUUAUCCACUGCUAUCAUCAAAGUUUUUGACACUACAGAUAAGUCACACUUGUGUAGAGUACUCCUAGACAGUGGAAGCCAAUCCAAUUUCAUUUCAGAAAGACUUUGCAACUUGUUACAACUUCCUAUUGAAAAUAUUAAACAUUCUAUCACUGGUAUCAGUCAGAAAAUUGAAACCAUAAAUUCUAGAGUUUUUGCUAAAGUCCAAUCCAAUUUUUCUAACUUUGAGGCGAACAUAUCGUGUCUUGUACUUAAAUCUAUAACUGGAAAUAUUCCAGCUAUAUCCUUUGACUCCAGUUUAUUACAUAUUCCCAAAAAUAUUGCAUUGGCUGACCCCGAUUUCAGCUCUGCAAAACCUAUUGACUUACUGCUCGGAGCAGACAUUUUCUGGGAACUGAUCCAUAUUGGUCAAAUAAAAUUGGGUCGAGGACUUCCAAUUUUGCAAAAGACACAUUUUGGAUGGAUUAUUUCUGGUCCUUUACAAACUAAUCUUAGUUCAAGCCUUUGCUCAAAGACACAGUGCUUUUUUACAACUUCAAUUGACAAUCAGCUAACUAAAUUUUGGGAGGUAGAGGAAUUUCCUAAAACUAAAUACUUAUCACCAGAGGAAACCUUUUGCGAGGAACAUUUCUCUCAGCACACUUUUAGAGCCCCUGAUGGUAAAUUUGUAGUACAUCUUCCUCUUAAGGACUCCAUUGAUCGUCUUGGGGACUCGAAGUUGACAGCUACAAGUCGUUUUUUAAAUCUUGAAGGGAAACUGAAUAAAAGCCCUGAUUUAAAACGUACUUAUCAAGAUUUUAUAACAGAAUAUGAAAAACUCGGUCACAUGACCCUAUCUAAGAAUCAAAAUGAUACUUCUGGGUAUUUUUUACCGCACCACUGUGUGCUUAAAUUAAGCUCCACUACAACUAAACUACGGGUCGUUUUCGAUGCUUCCUGUAAAUCUGACUCAGGUUUUUCUUUAAACGAUUUACUUAUGGUCGGACCUAAUGUCCAAAACAGUCUUUUUUCAAUUCUCUUACGGUAUCGUAUACAUCCUGUAGUUCUCAGUGGUGACAUUGAAAAAAUGUAUCGACAGGUCUAUGUAGCCCCUGAAUAUCGUAAACUUCAGAGAAUUCUUUGGCGUGCUAAUAUUAAUGAGCCGAUUUUAACUUACGAUUUGUCCACCGUUACAUACGGUACAGCCUCUGCUGCAUUUCUGGCUACUAGAUCUUUGCAGGAAGUAGGUAAAAUACAUGCUAAAGACUGUCCAAAGAUUUCUAACAUAAUACAACGUGAUUUUUACGUUGAUGACCUUUUAACCGGCGCACAAACAGUCGAUGAACUUAGACAAAUUAAAGAAGACAUCCAUGAUCUUCUUAUGAAGUAUGGAUUUCCACUUAGAAAAUGGGCUUCAAAUGAGCCAACCUUAACUUCUGAUUCCUCAAUACAUUCGAUUUCUUUUGAUACAGAUAUUGCUUCUAAAACCUUGGGCCUUUUAUGGAAUCACAUUUCUGACACGCUAGAAUAUAAAAUAGGUCCUAUUGAAUCUAGCACUCGCGUAACAAAACGUACAAUUUUAUCUUCAAUUUCUCAGAUUUUUGACCCUCUUGGUCUACUUUCUCCUGUCACAAUCUCGGCAAAAAUCAUCUUGCAACAGCUGUGGAAGCUUAAAAUAUCAUGGGAUGAAUCGAUUCCAAUGGAUCUUUUUACAAUCUGGUCAUCUUACAGGACACAACUUGUGGAAUUGAAUAAUCUUAAAAUACCAAGACUAACUCUUUGCGGUAAUCCUAUUGAGCUGCAAUUACAUGGCUUCUCUGAUGCUGCGGAGCCAGGUUAUGGUGCCUGCGUGUACCUUUGUUCAAAGGAUUCGUUAGGCAAUUCUUCGUCUAAACUACUCUGUGCAAAAACUAGAGUCUCUCCACUUAAAGAAUUGACUAUUCCUAGGCUCGAGCUUUGUGCAGCAUUACUCUUAGCAGAACUAGCUAAAACUGUGUUAGCUUCAAUACCCUCUACUUUGGACUCUAAGCACUACUGGUGUGACUCUACAAUAGUACUUGCCUGGAUUAGAUCAUCUCCUCAUCGUCUAAAGACAUUUAUUGCUAAUCGAAUAGCUCAAAUUCAAUCCAUAACUAAUAUUGAUGAAUGGAGAUAUAUUAGAACCGCAGACAAUCCAGCUGAUCUACUUACUAGAGGAAUUCCACCUUUAAGCUUGUUAAAUUCGACUUUAUGGUUUCAUGGACCUCCUUGGCUGACUGAAGAUGAGUGGCCAACCGACAUAGUAGAUUUAUCAAAUAUUGAUACUCCUGAAUUACGAAAUGUCACUUCUUUUCAUGUGUCCAUCGAAAAACAUACCAAUAAUGACUUACUUACUUUAAUUGACAAAUUUUCUAAUCUAACUAAACUGGUUCGUACUUUUGCCUUUGUGCUACGCUUUAAAAACAUCCUUAAAUUAAAAUCUAAAUCUGACUUUUUUAAUAGAGAGCUUUCAACUCUGGAAAUUGAGAAUUCUUUGCAUACACUUGUCAGCUUGGUACAAGCUUCAACAUUUUCUGAAGAAUUUAAAGCACUGAAGAAUAAUAAUAAGGUCUCUAAUAAAUCCAAACUCCUUACCUUGAAUCCCUUCUUUGACCACACUCUUAAUCUUAUUCGAGUUGGGGGUCGUUUGCAACAAUCUGAUUAUGAAUAUCAAAAGAAACACCCUAUAGUUUUACCCCCUAAACAUAGACUUUCACUUUUGAUCGCACAUUCUGAACAUAUUAAGCUACUUCAUGCUGGUCCACAACUUACAUUGGCAUCACUUCGUGAAAGCUUCUGGCCAAUCAAUGGCAGGAACUUAAUUAAAAAGGUUUACCAUGACUGUUUAACUUGUUUUCGCUUUGUUGCAAAAUCGACAAAGUACCUUAUGGGUAAUUUACCCAAGACACGAAUUACACCCUCUAGACCCUUUUCUGUGUCCGGUGUUGACUACGCAGGGCCCUUCUCCCUUAGGGAUCGCAAAGGACGUAAUUUUAGAACUAACAAGGCAUACAUAGCAUUGUUUGUGUGUUUUGCUACCAAGGCUAUUCACCUAGAGCUAGUAAGUGAUCUUAUUAGCGAAUGUUUCUUAGCCGCUUUGUACAGAUUCAUGUCACGAAGAGGCAAGUGCAUACAAAUUUAUUCUGAUCAAGGGACAACAUUCGUGGGUGCAUUAAAUGAAUUAAAUGCGUUUCUCAAAGAACACUCUUCUACUAUUUCGGAUAAAUUAGCAAAUCAAGGUAUACAAUGGAAUUUUAUACCGCCUCGCGCUCCACACUUUGGUGGGCUUUGGGAGUCCAGCGUUAAAUCGGUAAAGUUUCAUCUUAAGCGUGUAGUUGGUAGUUUAUCAUUAACUUUUGAAGAUUUUUCUACAAUAAUAACUCAAAUAGAAGCCUGUUUAAACUCCAGACCCUUAUGUCCUCUUUCUGAUAAUCCGAAUGAUCCAAAUCCUCUCACUCCUGCGCACUUUCUUAUUGGUGAACCAUUGACGACGUGCCCACAAGUUGAUCUACUGGGAGUAGCAGAGAACAGACUAUCAAAAUACCAACAUAGACAACAAAUGGUGCAACAUUUUUGGUCUCGUUGGGUCAAGGAAUGCAUUGCAGAACUCCAGAUACGUACGAAAUGGAAGCAGAAUUACCCGCAGCUCCUGAAACUAGGCGUUCUUGUGCUCAUCAUGGAGGAUGGAUUACCACCAUUAAAAUGGCGAACUGGCCGAGUGGUACAAAUAUUUCCUGGAGGAGAUGGUAUUGUCCGAACAGUAUUAGUGAGGACUGCUGCUGGCGAGUAUAAGCGUCCAGUUACGAAGAUUGCUGUCCUGCCUAUUUAUGAUUUUUAA